AUGAGCUUGCCGGGGGAUGGCAUUUUCACCAAUGUCCGAACGAAACUACGACAGUCUCGAUCCAGUGUGAUGCUGACCACCGCGACUCAAUACCAAUACCGAGACCAUCGCUGGGAUGACGUCCCCGCAGCAUUUCGACCUGUUAAAAGAGCCGAAUGCCGAGUCGUCAACGGGUAUUAUCUGGAUCGACCUCUGCCGGGACCCCCUCCAGGACCUCCUCCGCGUCCUGGCAGGGUGUCGCCUCAACCAGUCCACGAGGUCAGAGCAAGUUUGGAUGUCGGGAAUCUGAGAGUCCCGGCACCACGCACGCAUCGCACGAGGUCGACCGAGAUAGCGCAGAUACGGUGGCCGGGACUUGAUGGCCGUGAAACCGAGCUCCCAAUUGCGGAAGCAAGCGUGAAUAUUGCUGUAGCCCUUCCCCCAGACCAUCUCGACCCUCCGCCGCCGUACUCUCGGUAUGAUGUACCAUCAGCAUUGGCCUCCCCGCCACGAUCGAGAUCGCAGCCUCCCCCAGUGCCCACGACGCACUAUGUGAAGCUGAAUGACCCGUUCGACUAUAUCGGUAAUGGAAACCAGGUUAUGAGGAGGCCAGUUGACGACGUACCAACCGUUGCCGUGCCACAGCCACCUACGCCGGUCUCGCCCCUUAACACGCUGGAUUUCCAAUAUCUGGCCAUGAGACAUCGGCCAGCCUCUGAAAACAACAUUACGCUGGAGAGUCUACUAAGUCAUCCCAUGCUGCAACAUCGCUCGCACUAA